ACCAGUUUAAUAAUAAAGCAUGUGUUGCAUGUUGCUCACUUGCUGUCAAUGCUGAUGAUUACUAAGUAUUUUAUUACCGUUGAUAUCAAAUUAGUCGCAAGCUGUUGAAGUUCCUUUUUUAAAGUGAUGUUGCUGAACACAAUACAAAGGCAAAGUGUGUUUUACAAAUCCACACACAUAUCAUUAAGAAAGUUCAACAACAUUAAGACACUCAUCAAAAAGAGUAAUGUAAAAGACUUUAGACCCACAUGGCAGGUGGCAAAUUGCUUUUCUGGUCACCGAAAUACAACAGUUUCUUCUACUUCAGCCAGAUCACACAGUUUAAAUGGAAAAAAUGUUAUCGAGAAUGAAAUUAAAGAAAGGAAAGAAAAAAUUAGUGCUUAUGGAAAAGAAAAGGGAGAAUACAUCAGGAAUAAGGCUGGGGCUAGUGAAUUAGAGGCCUGGGAAGACACAUUUGGAAAUCUCACUGACAGUUCUAAACAAGAACCACUGUACCAAUCUACACAUGUUCAUGGCAAGGCAGAUGAGCUACUUGAAGAUUCAGAUGAUGAAAGUGAAGAGGAUCCCAAACCUUUACGAGUGUAUUAUCGAAAACUUCCUCCUGGCUGGUAUACCAAGCAGAUGGAGAAAUUUGCAAAAGAGGGCAAGAUUGACAGGGCCAUUGAUGUCCUGCAGGUGAUAAUGCUGAAGAAUGACCGAAUCCGACCCCUACCGACACACUACUACACAUUGAUCUCUCUAAUCAGUAAGACGGGGGACACCAGAAAAGCAUUUGGUUUCUAUAAAAAGAUGAGAGAUUUUGGAUACGAACCUAUUCCACAAGUUUUCACAGCCCUGUUUAAUGCUUGCUCCAAGUCUAUCUAUGGGAAGGAAGAUGGUUUCCAACGAGCCACAAAACUUAUCUACACAAUGAAAGCAAAUAACAUAACCCCCACUCAGAUCACAUUCAAUGCCAUGAUCAAAACCUUUGGUUGCCUGGGACAAACUGAAAUAGCUCUACAUCUGGCUGACCAGAGCUUUAAACUGUACAAACCAGAUGACAAGACAUUUGCAAACAUUCUAAUGGCUGCUGCAGGAGAUGAAAAGAAUGGAUUUUCCUUGGCAAUAGGGGUAUGGAGGAUAGCAAGCUUAUGUCAAAUAAAGCCAACAUUGUAUCAUUACAUGCUACUUUUGCGAGUUGUUCGUUGUUGUGAAAUUGGAGACAUAUCCACGUUCUAUCAAGUGUUACUUCAGACUUCACCAUUUUCCAUGCAGAAACAGUUAUGUGAGACAUUAAACAAAGAUCUUGAAUUAAAUAAAGUAAAUAAGGAAACGAUCUGCUUGCCCUCAGACUCUUACAUACAAGAGUUAAACUGUCUGUCACAGAAUAUACCUAACACUGAAAAUAAUGAUCAAAUUCAGAGCAGGUCAAACCAGACUCAGGCAGAGCUUUGCCUUAUUGAUGCUGCAAGUUCAUCUCAACAAGAUACGUUAGGCUCAAGUACAGAAGCAAACCAGUUAACAGUUCACCCACACACAGCAAACUCAAGUCAAGUCAGAAACAAUGAAUUUCCAGAUGUGUUAAAACCAGGAGAAAUCUUGCUGAGAGUUUUAAACAUGCAUGCAGUUCAGAAUAAAUAUGUCAGAUUGGACAUGUUGGGUGGAGUGAGUGGAUUUUUGGCUCGCAUGAAGAGAGAUGGAAUAACUCCAAACCUGGCUGUUUUUGGACAGUUGUUUGAUAUUGUGGAUACAUUACAAGAGGAGGAUUAUCUAUUUUCUAUGAUGGAGGAACUUGGCAUUUCUCCAGAUAUAGACAUAAUAUCGCAUGCAAUGCUAAAGAGAACAAGAAGAAUGCAGCCAGAACAGGCUAAGAAAUUGGUACAUCUAAUGGAAGAGAAAGGUAUCCAACCCAACAUCUUCAUCUUUAAAUACCUCAACUACAUCAUGUGUAAGGAUGGGGACACAAUGAGGCAGUUUCUGGAUGACUUACUAGCCAAUGAGCUUCCUCUGACUGUGCACCUGAUGGAUGGUUUAAUGAGAAAUACACAUCUGACUCUAGAAGACAAGAAGUACAUAUUACAGUUAAUGGAACAACAGGAUAUCCACCCAACUACCUAUUUCCUGGAGACAUUGCACAAAGUUCUGAGUGUUACCAGGGAAAGAAUCAUAGUUCAGAAGGAAAAAGACAUACAUGUACCAGAUGAAGAAAAAAUGUUCUCUGAUUUCAACAAAUUCAUGGAAGAAUGGCUAAAGAGAGUACCUUUGAAGAAAUAACAUUGUUUCUCUGUAUAUUCAGCUUUUUAAAUAAAGUUUAUGAAAUACUAA